UCGCAACUCGUCACCACAUUCAACCCUGACAUGGUUCCCUUUACCAUUCAUUCGAACACAAGGCCGUACGCCUCAACAUCAGCCGACAUCCCUCAAAGAUAGACUGGUCAUAUAUUGUCGUCAAGUCCCAACACAAAAGGGAGAUCCUGCUCGCGCAGAGACAGCGGUGGAUUGACGUCCUUUGGUUCUGGCGAAAGCGAAAGGGAAGGAAUCCGGACUAUACCGCAGCAACCCGUAGACAUGAACAAGAAAGGAAUUGAGGCGAAACUUUCCCUUCGAUCAAAACACAGAUUCGCCUGGCUAUAGCGGUCCGGACGCAAGAACAGGAUCGAAAUGCAAGGAUACCGGGACGAUCCAGGACCGUCAGGCAUUUACACAGGAUCAGGCUCGACAGGCAUGAACCAGUCUACUACCCGAAACACCACUACAACGCAGAGGAGAACUUGGAGGGCGUGCGAGAUUUGUAGGAAGAGAAAGAUCAAGUGUGAUGGAGAGUUUCCGUGUUCCUUUUGCGAACUCAAUGACAAGGCGUGCGAUUACAAGGUGGUGAACGACAAUGCCGCUUCACAUCGUGCUCAAACUGCCGCGGUAGCAGAGCGAUUGGAGAGGAUGGAAGAGAUGCUAGAACGUCUCAUGCCCCUAGUCGACUUGGUUCAAGCUAUGCAACCAAACCCUUCCUCUACCAGGGACGAGCAGGCCGGGACUGGUACAUCAUACGCUCCUACAAGCGGAUCGACCAGCGGACCGCCUCGACAACAUAUUCACGAACUCGCAGGCAAUCAAAAGAUCGGACAACCGGGACAAGUUGGGGCUCUACAGGCCCUCGAAAAAUUUUCUCGUCGACCUUUGCCUCACUCCUCAAUGUCACAGUCGAUAAUCAAACCAAUGAGAUCAGUGACACAGCCGGUCACAAUGCGGGAUAGUACGCCGCAGUCAGUGCAUUCGUAUCAUACGGGCUUGUCGAGCAGGAUCGAUGGCUUGCCGGCUCCCGUUCCUGGUACAACACUCACCGGCUAUGUGACUUCAGAUACUCGCUCAGGGAUAAGAUCGCUGCGACAAGUUGACUUGCCGAGUUGGAAACAGAGCCAGUCUCUUCAGCUGGAUCAAGGUUAUCCAUUGGGAUCGAAUGACAUUUUUUCCCCUCUCGUCGGAGGCGUUCAAGGACCUGGUCCAGUAACAACAAGUAACAUGUCUGUUGACGCCAUUCAUGGUGAAGUUGAGGGAUACAAUCGGGACAUAUCGCCUAGCCGGUAUGGACCAAGGGAAUCGCAGUCGGCGGCACAAGAGAAGGAUAAAGACUUGCCUGCGACUUGGCAAGAGAGAUUAGCCGGAAGGAUGGGCAAGGAUAACAGCGGUCACAUGAGGUUUCAAGGAGGUCCAGCGACGUUUUUGUUCAGUGAUGCCGUUGCAGCUUUACGAAGUCCGAUCGAAAGGCGCGUGGAUCCAGAUGCCCGGACAGUCGGUUCGAACGAUGCGAUAUCUGAUGGGACGAUAGAUCUGGACGAAUUGUAUUUCAAGCCAUGGGCACAAUUUCGAAGUCUGCGAGGCUUGCCCCCGCCGGAACAGGCAAGAUUUCCGCAUAGCAGGAUUUGCGAUUUCCUGGUCCAGACCUAUUUUGAGCGAUUACACCCACUGUUUCCUAUCAUCGAUAGACCUACUUUUCUGCUGAAGUACAACGAGACGAUGACAAUGCGGGCCAAUGGCGCCUUUGUAGCAGACAGCACCUUUCUGUGUCUCCUGUUCGCUGUCUUCACCGCCACUGCUCAAGUCGUGAGGGAUCACAUGAGAGAGAAGGAAGGCCUGAAUUGGUCUCUACAAACUGUCGGGUUGGAGGUCUACGAACAGACUCUGUACUUGCUUUGGUAUCACACGGGGGAGUUGACAAUAGAGCACGUCAGUUCGUAUGCGCUCUUGGCAUCGACCAUGGCCGGAUGGAACUCUCUAUCUCAAGCUUGGAUCUUUGCCGGCCAAGCCUGUCGCGCGGCACAAGAUCUAGGGUUACACAGGAGUCCAGAAAGGCUACGGCUAUCGAGCCAAGCCAAGGAUCAUCGCAGACUCGUCUGGUGGUGUGUAUAUGGCCUUGAUCGCGCACUUUCGAUUUCGAUGGGUCGUCCUAUGGCUUGCUAUGAUGCGGAUUCCGAUGUGGAAUAUCCUCGACAAUCGUCCAAAGAGCCGACGGUGUGGGAUGACCCCUCUCUUACCGAGGACUCCGAUCUAGUCACAGCCUUCAUUGAGCUCACUCGCGUGCACGCUCUAGCGGGCGAGAUAGAGAGAGACGCGCAUUCCCUCCAGUCGUUACGUGGGUAUGAUGAUCCUAGUCAAUCCCAGAGGCUACAUGGUGUCGUCUCCAAGCUUGACGCCGACAUGGACGCUUGGGUCAGGCGUCUACCUGACUGUGUCCGCCUUGCCGAGAAUGUCCCCGCAUCGAGGGGCGUUUUCCUCUUGGCCAUGCUCGGUCGCAUUACCCUCUUCGCCGCGACAAUCAAUCUGCACCGCCCCUUUAUACCCGAGCAGAUUGGGCAGAACCAGGACACAACAUCCUUGAUGAAGUGCAUCAGCGCAGCAAAAGGAUGCAUCUAUGCAGGCGGUCAAAUCAAACAGAUCAUUCCGGCCUCCCACCACUGUCAAUUCCUUGUGCACUAUCUCACUAUUAGUGCCGCCAUUCUCCUUCGGUGCACUAGCUGGUUGACCGACGUAGACCUCGCCACCGACAUGAUCAAGGAGGCAGACUCGUGCUACAAUAUUUUGCUCGAGCUAGAGACCACAUGGCGAGGAGCAGAAAAAAGUGCUUACAUCGUUCACAAGUUGAUCCGACUCUGCAAGGCACGCUUGGCAGAGCAACACCGGGGCCAGCCCUCGCGUAGCGUAACACCACACAAGAGGAAUAGAUACGACAGCGAUCUCGACACAGAUCACGUUCAAAAGCGCUCGAGACAUUCUCCACCCGUUGAGGGUCUGCCUAUCCCCAUCUUUGAAUCCAUUCCAGGAGGCAAUGAUCUCAACGCACCGCCUGGGCCGCUAGAACCGACCGAUAACAUGUCGAACCCGCAGGUAGCUGCCAUGUCAUAUUUCCCUCCCGCGAUGGACCUUGGCUACAACCCGUCCACAGGAACACAAAACCUUUCCGGACUGCUCGACGUGUUCCUUGCCGACAGUACAAACGGAAGACCUCCACCGGGUUACAAUCCUCUCAACAUACCUCCGGGACCAAUCGUCCAACCGGACCCUACAAUAUUACAGCAUCAACAGCCAGCAUUCAGAAAAGCUUUAUACGACGACUCGUUCCUGUACGAAUUUCACGACACAACGCAACGACAUCUGUAAUGAUUAGAUCCGGGCGAUACGCGGAGCCCUGUCGUAGCCAUGUCACACACGUUUCCUUAGAAUAUGGUGGACGAGAAGGUCGCAGAUCUCACAUGUGUACCUCAGUGGUCAGUAACCUGUUUUCACAGCCUCGACCUGAUCGACGGGCGAUUUCUCGCGUUUCAUGUUCUCGGUAGGAUGACGCGGCCGGAUCUCGCGGAAGCUGUCACGUGUCUUGUGUUGCUGGCGAUCGGCUUGUCCCGCUUGUUGUUUGUUCUCCGUUCUCACCAAGUUCAUCAUCCUCUAAGGGCAGCAACUCCCGAGCUUGGUCAAGCAUGCUUCU